AUUUUUUCGCUUCUUGUCUCUCUCGGUCAAUGUCGAAGAGCAAACGUCAUCGGUUUCGGAGCAGCAGCGACGAUGAUCGUCCGCAACGGCGCCGACGAUCACAUGAUUUUUGACGUUUAGUAGCGCUGCCGCACCGUCGUUGUUCCCAACAUGGCCGCGACGGAAUGCGAAGCAACGGAGGACGGCACGACCGACCUGUUGAACAACGUGUCGGUGUUCUCCGACGAGGCUGUCCACGCGACUGAGAAGCACGAGAGCUCCAGCAUUCCGUUGCAGACACCAUGGACCUUCUGGCUCGACAAAGCUGUUCCUGGCACAACUACCGAAGAAUACAAAGCCAACCUGCAGAAGAUCUACACCGUAGAUACUGUGCAAAAUUUCUGGGCAGUCUUCAACAACAUACCAAAUGCAGGGGACAUGCAGGUUAAAUACAGUUACCAUUUAAUGAGAGAUGAAAGAUAUCCCCUGUGGGAAGACAAACUGAAUCAGAGGGGUGGUACAUGGAGACUAAAGUGCCAUAAAUAUGAUACCGAACGCGUGUGGAAAGAAGUGGUGCUAGCAGCAAUUGGGGAACAAUUCACCUCACAUGUCGCGCAGAACGACGAAGUUUGCGGGGUAACUGUCUCCAUUCGCGACAGAGAAGAUCUCAUUCAAAUUUGGAAUAUAAACGCUGAUCUGGAGUCAAAGGCCACGGUCGUACAAAAAGUUCACGCUUUAGUGCCUAACGUAUCUUUUUUGGGAGAAUUUUACAAACCUCAUCAGUCUCACCACGCGUACGGGAGACGCUAAAUACAUAUACAGCGCUGUGAUGAUAAUAAUGAAGAUAACGAAACACGUUACGUGGAAGAUUACGACAAUAAUGCAAAUGCGUAACACGUUAUAUUAUCUACACAGAUGAAUAUUUACACCAUUGUAAUAAAAUUUUAAAGAAAGUCUACUUCACGUUAAGAUCGCGGGCGUGACAAUCGCGCCUGCCAUUAUAAUUGUUUCCAACGUUUGUUAUUGCAAAGUAUACACGCGACUCGUUCAACGCGCGUGUUAUUUAGAGCGUUACCUACUCGCUGUGUUCGAUUAUAUAUUUUAAAAAACGAAGAUCCCUGUUGUAACGCUAUGUUUUAUCGAACGUGAAAUAUAUUUUUAUAUUUACCACGUG